AUGUCAUCUAAUGUAAUUACUUUGGGAGUACCAAGAACUUCUGUCAUGGUUGCAGCAAUAAGAGCACUUAUUUCAAAUUCCUAUGUUAAAGAUCAAUUGGCUACUGUACCAACCGAUGAGAGUAGUCAAUUAAUUUUUAAACUAAAUAGUUCACUUCAGUCAUACUAUGAGAAUAUCUAUCAAAAAGAACCAUUUAGUGCUAAAGUACUAGAUAGUAGCAUUGCAACAUUUGAUCCAUAUGCAUACUUUUUUAGUUGUACUGAUGAGUCGAGAGAUAUCAUCGGUGGCAUGUAUGAUGCUAGAAUGAAGAUGAAUCCACAACAAACGGCAACUACCGAUACUGUUAAGGAAUGGCUUGUCAAGAUGGGGUUGCCAGCGGAUACCACUAUUCAAGAUAUGAAAAAGUAUUUGACUGAGACAUGCUCACCGGUCAAAGCGUGGAGUAUCAUCAUAUUCCCAUACAUCUCCACCCGUAUUGCGCUUAGAACCAAGUAUAUCGACGACUAUAUCACGAGUAAAAUUGGAAAGUACCAACAAUUUGUUAUUCUUGGUGCUGGUCUGGAUACUCGUGCCUUAAGAUUGCCAUUCGAUGAGCGAUCAACUGUCUGGGAGAUCGAUUUCCCACAGACAUUCGAAUAUAAAUCGAGAGUCCUAGAGGAGGCAACAAAGAUCGUUGCACCAUUAUCGAAAGCCAAGAAUAUCCAUAUUCCAAGUAACUUGAUGGAGACUGAACAAUGGAUUAAGAAACUAGAGGAAUCGGGAUUUGACAGAAGCAAACCAACUGUUUGGUUGUUGGAAGGUCUCUUGAUGUAUCUUUCAAUCGAGGAAAUCGAGUUACUUCUCUCAUCGGCAUCAUCCUUAUCCUCGAGUGGUUCAGUCAUGCUGAUUCAAACAACUCAAGAUAUUAAAUUGGAGGAGAAUGAUAAAAGAAGAGUGUUUGCCAGUCCUUUGCGUGCGGAAUUCAAAUCAUUUACCAAUACACCAUCGCUUUACCUCGAGAAAUGUGGAUUCUCAGUUGACAUCAAUGAAAAAUCUCAAGAGGAUAUCCUACAGAUCUAUUGUAACAAAUCAAUAUUACCAACCGAGAUUGUCGAUUCCACAAUAUUUACUAUUGGUAAUAAAUUCUAA